AUGGCAUCAACGAAGACCAGAGCGGCGCCGGUGGGAUCUUGGCAAUGGAUAGCAGAUGAGCGCGAGCAAGCGGCGCAGUUUAUCGAGCAGGAUGUAGAGGAGUUCAGCUUCAGUGUGAGGAAUGAGCUCGAGUGGCUGAACGAGCACAUGGCUGAAGUCUUCAGCAAUGGCAGCGUUAAUUUCGCCGACAUCUUCAAGACGCCCGGCAAGCUACGCGGCAGGACACCACGAACGGCGCGCAAACGAGAUGCUUUGGUGCCUAGACGACCGCUUACGGAUAUCUUUGGGCCGGGUACAGAGGUGGCACCACUAUCUGCGCAAAGGCCGAAUGCUUUCCUUGAGAACGUAGCACAGUUCGCGAUUGCGGAAGACGCAGAAGAUGCCGCCCCGCAGCGCCCUAUGAGCCGGAGUAAGAGUCCACAACGUGUGGGCAAGCCCGGCAAUACCGACUCAGGGUACCACGGCAUGACAGAGGAUGAAAUGGAGGGAGACGCGAAAACGGAGACCGCCACCACGUCAAGUCAGGAAGCGGAAGGAGAGAAGGUUCCUUUGCGCGACGAUCAGCCUCGUCCCGUACCCAUAAGGCAGGAUACUGCAGAAGGAGGACAGACUAGUGAUGAGUCCUUCACGUCAGCAAAAGAAGACCAAGAGAGCCGUCACGCGUCUAAGGAGGCGCUGCGAGAGGUGCAAGUGUUGGAGGAUGAUGCCACCUUCAGCGAGGAAGCAGCCCUUGACGUGAAUGCCGGAGUGGCUACGACAGCUGUGCUGGCAGGAACCUCAAUCGAGGCCGUGAUGGUUGCAGAAGACGUCGCGGACGAUACGCCGAUGUCGCCAUCUGACGGUGUAUCCACGCCCGAGAAACUGCUCCAGCGGAAGAGCAGCUUCACGUUCUCUGCUCUGCCAGCGCGUGAGCCGCUAAAUGCAAAGCAUAGUUUCGGUGCAAGGAACAGCCAGGUCGAUACCAUACGCAACAGCGUUCUUGCGCACUCUUUCGGCGCACGACAAGUAGAACCCGAAGCAGAGGAUGACGUCUACACUGCAGAGAAGCCUGAGGAGAGCAAGGCGUACAGCAAAACCUCAACGCAGCUACUGCACGAGCGCAUAACCAUGCUUGGCAAGAUGAAGGAGCCGCGUACUUCCAAGAGUAUGGCGCAGAGUACUGUUUCUGGCCAAGCUACGUACCCGAAGCUGCCAAACGCGUCGGCAGAACCUGCGCAGCGUGAAGGCGCUGCUAACUUGGGCAAUUUGGAGCAAGACGUCCACAUGGUCGACGCCGAUAAUGACGAUGAUGACUGGAUUGUGCCAGCGAAGUCAUCCAGAAACGAGCAUGUCGCGCCAGUGAUUAACGCUGCUCAGACGUUUCCUCAACGAGAAGGCUCGCCAGCGAGGCCAAGCUUGCACCAGAAAUCCAUCUCCAGCACGAACAUUCUGUCAUCCACCAGGCCAGCCAUGCCGAUAGGCCACCAGAAGUCGCAAUCUGUCACGAACCCCAGCUUGGCCAACGCCGUUGGCGCUGUAUUCUCAACCACUCCUUUUGGGUCACCCAUGGCUAAGAAGCAGCAUGAUGGUCCGCUUAGCGCCUCAAAGAACAAGCUCUGGUCAGCGUUAAAGUCCGCAAAGAGCAUCUUCGCCUCUUCAGCUAGCGCCAGUGCUGCGGCAAAGCUUGAAGCACACAAUUCGCCGUCUGUUGUCCGCUCUCCGCAACGAGGCAUGUCUGGCGAAUCGAGAACCAAGGCUGUGUUCAAUAUGCCUGGCGCUCUCUACUCAGAGCAGCAGCUUCCACCAAGUCCCGUAAGGCCGGUGUCUGUUGUCUCCGCCAGCCCAAGUCGAAAGACAAGAAGCUCGAACGAAAGCGAUAAGAAGCGUGAAAAGGAAGUCAAGGCUCAGCAGAAGGCUGCUGAUGAGCUUGAGAAGGCGAGGGAAAAGGAACGACAGAAGGCCGCCAAGCAACAGGAUGAGAGACGACAGGCUGAAGAGGCCGAAGCUGCUCGGGUGGAGCAGGAGACAGAGCACGCUGAGCGCCCUGUUUCUGCGCAGAGCGACCAAGGUGACAUGCCGCCGCCACCUCCACCAAAGAGUAUGUUACCCGCUGGGAAGCUUCGAGCUCCCGGCCGACUCAUGCGACCAACACGAGCAGAGCCGAAUGCGAAGCCCGCGCCCGUCUCUAUUCGUGUAGCUUCGCAAUCUCAACGACUGGGUCAAGGUGCGCCGGGAGCCCUGUCAAAGUCUCAGCAUGAGGGAACGGCAAUGGCGCCGCCACCUCCGCCGAAGACUGGCUUACGGACGGCCUCUGCACAGGGCAGCGUGCGGAGCUCGACCGCGCCGAAUAAUGCACGGCUGAAAGUGUUGGAGGCAGCAGCCAGGAAGAAGGAAGCAGAUGAGCGAGCCGCGGCGAAGAAGCUUGAGCAGAAGCGUGAGCUGGAGCGUAAGCGCGCUGCGAAAGCGGAGGAAGAGCGCCGUAUCGAGGAGGAGAAGCGAGCAGCGGAACAGGCACGCAUCCAUGAAGCGAAGUUGGCUGCACAGCGGAAAGCCGAGCAACAAGCUGCUGAAGCUAGGAGACGAGAGCAGCAACGACUCGAACAGCAGCGCGUGCAGGAGGAAGCGCAAAAGGCCAAGGCGGCUCAUGAGCUGGCUGAGGCGAUCAAGCGGGAACGAGCUCAGCAGACGGCUGCUCACCCGAGAGGUGACGUUGGCGGAACGCUGAGGCAACUUGCAAAGAGCACGAUGGCAGACCUGUCCUUUGCGAAGCCAGCGCUCCAAAUGAAUCCAGCCAAACCAGCCAAACGCGUGUUACAGGAGGAUGAGGAACCACAGCAUGCUGCACCGCCGCAACGGCCUGGAUUGCAGCGAGGUCCGGCGAGCUUUCAGCAGGAUGGGGCGAAGCGGAGACGGACGGACGAGGAGCAGGAGCAGGAUGCUCCACGGCAUUCAGUCAUGGCGCCGCCAAAGCGGCCUUCUGUGUUGCAGAAGGUAAGCUGCAAAGACCGGCAGAAUCACACGGCGCACAAGUUUCCACAUGGCUACGCUCACGCCCCACCAGCUGCUACACAUCAUACGAACAACAUGUUCAAGUCCACCGUCACCGCUCAACACCAACUACAGCACGCUGGAAAGCCGGCUCCUAGCCACCCCAGCCAAACCGUGCAGAUGUCGAACGCCCGUAUUCCGUUCGCAGAGAACGCCAAUCCGCCCACGGCGCAGUAUGCAGCGUACCAGCAGACACAUCCUGGUUACGAAAACCUCGUCCCCGGCGCCGCAGCCUCCAAGUUCAAGACACCUGCACGCCCCGCACAAGCCCAAAAGUCCGCCAAGUCAUCGCCCAUGUAUCCGAACGGCGACAGCAUCCAGCUUCCGGAGAUUCUCACCGACUCUGAGGAAGAGGACAGCGAAGACGAUGCGUCGGGCGGCUUCCGCGCACCUUCAUGGGUCGCGUCGCCUGCAUUGCGCGAGCUGUUGACGCAGCAACAGCUGGUGGAUCCGGAGACCGUUUUCGGGCCGAUCGCCGAGUUGAAGAUGGAGGAGGUUUUUAAGGGUGGCAAGAACCAGGACCGGCUCAAGAAGUUCCGAGAUAGAGGCAGUAGCGCGGCAUGGAUUGAGAGUGGGGAUGCGGUUACGAGUGCGGAAAAGCGCAGGGAUAUGGAGCUGCGGGAGCGUGUUGUAAGGGAGGGCGGUUGGAGGUAUGAGCCCAGUCAUUGA